AUUUCCAGGUGUAGAAAGUGAAACCAGAAGGAACAGACAGUUCUGCGAUCCGCCAAGCUCAAGGUACUCCUUUAUGAGACAGAGAGUAAGAGGCCACGGUAAAGAACCCAACAAAAUGAGCGUGGAAAAGGCUUAUGAUCCGUCGGACCCGUCAUUCAAAUUCGUCGACAGACUGGACGAGAUCGACCCAUAUCAGGAUGAGUCUUGCAGAGCAGAGAUGUCGUGCGGUCACGCCGUCACGCCAGGAUCUCUGACAGGAUGGUGCCGCAGUUUGCUCAGCAAGGGGCAGUCCAAAUUUACUUGCCCAGCCGUUCAGCCAGAUGGCGAAAUGUGUGGCGCCGAAUGGUCUUAUCAAGAGGUCCGUCGCUUUGCUCUGUUGACCGCUGAGGAGAUGGACCAUUUCGAGAAAGAACUUGCCCGUAUAGUUGUUGCCAAAUUCAAAACAUGCCCUGGCUGUAAAACCUACGUGGAACGACAGGCCUUAGACAAUCUCUGUUUCGACUGCACUAUCUGUGAGGAAAGCAACAAGCCCACCAUGCAGUUCUGCUGGCAGUGCCUGAGGCCGUGGAAGGGGAGGGCGCCGCGCAGCGACCGCUGUGACAACGAAGACUGCUCAGACAAGGUGCUGGAGCUGCUGCAAGGGUGUGGCACCAUCACACUGUCCCAGGUACCGGGGGUGGGGCCCUGCCCUUCCAUCCGGGCCUGCCCCACCUGUGGCAUGAGGGUUGAGCACGACAAGACCGGCUGCAAGAACAUCGUGUGCCCACGCUGCCAGGUGGGGUUCUGCUUUGUGUGUCUGAAGCUCACCGGGCAGUGCCUUCAGACCAGCUCCUAUUUCAGAGCGUGCAGCAGCGGCAUCGCACCGAGGCAGACCGCCAUGCCAAUAUGGCAUGGCGGCAAUAUGGCCCCCCGAUCCAGCGUGGUCCCCCAACCCCCUUUGGCCCCCCUUGAUUCCUUAUUCCUUGACCACCCGUGGCUCUCUGACCCCCUCACGAGGCUCCCUGACCCCCUCACGAGGCUCUACGACCCCCUCACGAGGCUCUACGACCCCCCCACGAGGCUCCCUGACCCCCUCACGAGGCUCUACGACCCCCCCACGAGGCUCUCUAACCCCCCCACGAGGCUCCCUGACCCCCCCACGAGGCUCUACGACCCCCCCACGAGGCUCUACGACCCCCCCACGAGGCUCUCUGACCCCCCCACGGGGCUCUCUGACCCCCCCACGGGGCUCUACGACCCCCCCACGGGGCUCCUUGACCGCCCCACGAGGCUCUCCCAACCGGGGCUCUACGACCCCCCCACGGGGCUCCUUGACCGCCCCACGAGGCUCUCCCAACCGUGGCUCCCCGACCCCCCGUGGCUUCCUCUGGCCCCCCUGUGGCUCCCCCAGGUCCCCCGUGGCCCCCCCUGA